GCGCUUUGAUUGCGGCGGCAUGAACAGCGCAUUUGUGGGAUUUGGCUGUCACUGUCUCGGACAACGACGCCCAAAUGCUGGCCCCGACGAAAAAUGCUGGGCGAGCUCGAUGGAGGAAACAACUUUUCUAUCGAUGCCGACGACUUGCCCAGUGGCGGCGCCGCCUUUUCCCCAAAACACCGCUCACCGUUCCUGCCUACCGAGGCCCGUGACCCCCGCGCCAGGCUAUGUGACUUGAAUGCAUUGCAUAUCAUUAUAGCUAUCUCCUUCCUGCAUAUAUCUAUACUCUUUCCUUUUCUCCUCCUCCUUCCCUUUCCUCCCUCCACCUCUGUCGGUUUUCGCUCUCCCUACCGGGCCUUACACGUCUUCCCCUCCCGCUCCCUGCUGAGCCAAGCAGCCCAUCAUGAUGUCUGACGCUAUCGAGAAGCGUUAUGCUACCUCAAACACUGACGUCGGCACAAGCAACAGCGAGUUGGGCUCAUCUGCCACAGAGCAGCCGUUGAUUCCGCGACGAGGGAUCAAAGGUGUUUACUACAACCCCGUCGUGCAAGUUUGGCUCCUCGGUUUUGUGUGCUUCAUGUGCCCUGGUCUCUUUAAUGCCUUAAAUGGAUUGGGAGGCGGAGGUCAGGUCGAUCCCACGACGGGUGCGAAUGCAAACUCGGCGUUGUACUCCACUUUUGCGUUCUUUGCGUUCUUUGCUGGUUCGAUCAAUAAUGUCCUUGGUUCACGACUCACCUUGCUGCUGGGUAGCACUGGCUACGCUCUUUAUAUCGGUUCUUAUCUCGCUGUCAAUAUUCACCCCAAUGCUGGAGGGUUUGUCGUUGCUGCCGGUGCCAUUCUCGGUAUAUGCGCUGGAAUGCUCUGGACUGCCCAGGGCUCGCUGAUGUUGGCAUAUCCCACGGAGAGUGAGAAGGGAAAGUUCAUUGGCAUAUUUUGGUCCGUUUUCAACUUGGGCAGUGUCGUCGGCGCGUCUGUCUCUUUGGGCCAGAACUAUCAUAAUACGGCGAAUUCAGUCGGAAAUGGCACCUAUAUUGGUUUCCUCAUUCUGACGCUCAUCGGUGUUGUGAUUCCCCUAUUCAUGGCAGAUCCCAACAAGAUGGUUCGUUCCGAUGGUUCCAAAGUCGCUUCCCCUCGACACCCUUCUUGGACGAGUGAGUUUUGGGAUCUAUGGGUCGCUCUUCGAACAGACCCAUAUAUCAUACUCUUGUUCCCGAUGUUCUUCGCCAGUAAUUGGUUUUACACCUGGCAAUUUAACGAUUUCAAUCUCGCAUUGUUCAAUAUUCGAACUCGGUCGUUGAACAACCUGGUCUAUUGGUUGGCUCAGAUCAUUGGGUCCGUUAGUAUCGGAUUCUUGCUCGACCAGAGAGGUCUGAGCAGACGCGUUCGUGCCUUCUCCGGCUGGUGUAUCCUGCUGUUCAUGGUUCUCGUCGUACAUAUUUGGGCAUUUUUCUAUCAAAAGCAUUAUACUCGGGAGACCGUCGAAGCCCGGAUAGACAUAUUCGAUCACGCGUACCUCGGGAGAGUACUCUUCUACAUCUGCUGCGGUUUGCUCGAUUCCAUGUGGCAGACAUGCGCUUAUUGGUUAAUGGGUGCCAUGUCGAACGACCCUGCAAAGCUUGCCCAUUUUACUGGCUUCUAUAAAUCGAUCCAGUCAGCCGGUGCAGCAGGCGUAUGGCGUGCAGAUGCUAUUGGUGUCCCGUAUAUGAACUUAUUCAUUUCAACGUGGGCACUCCUCUUAGCCGGCCUUGUUUUUGCUCUCCCCAUGAUCCAUAUGCGCGUUCAGGAUUAUACAGAGAUGGAUGAGAUGCGGUAAGUUAGCUCGACAUCUUCAGGAGUCCUUCAUGCCCUUUGGGAUGAGAUGAAUGACCAAGCUCAGUAUCUGCCAGAUCCCGAUCCGAGGUAUCCCAAGGAUUGAGUUCCUUAUUACCUUUUUGCUCGUUCCGCCCCCGCCCGCCGGAAGUGAAGCCAGACUUCCCUUGCUUGACUGUCGACGUGACUCUAGGUAAACUCUGAGCAGGAUACGACCCGGCGAAAGUUACUGAUUUCCCUCGAGCUCCCCAACUUUCCCCGACAAGCUAUUCAUUCGCAUGCUUCAUAUCGCAUCCGCCACCUCUACCCUGCACAUAUCAUCAACCCUUCCCUACGUUCUGUGGCGCUCUCCCCUACUUGGCAUCCUCGGCCUCAUACCUAGCGUCUCACAUCUUGUAUUAUUGCUCGACCCCCAAUACCAAACGUCCUGCUCUGCAUUGCUCUACAUUAUACUCAUACAUGGCUUCUUUGUUACGCUUUAUUAUAUAUCAUAGAGUCCUCCUUUCCAGUGGGUACACAAGAGAGAGAAAGAUAUUCUAGUUGUAGUUUGCUUUGUUUAUGUGUCGAUGUAGUCGUUGUUUUGCUGUUUGUCUAUCUGUACAACAGUUUGAUGGAAUGGUCAUGAUUUUAUCUUCUCGU